AUGGAUUUGCACAGCAGCUCUGGCCGGUCCAUCUCUCGGAAGCCUCUGAGCGAUGCGACGCAGCGCGUCAAUUAUGCUACUGUCGCAAAUGUCGGCCGUCAUCAAACCGAUGUCGACGAGAAUUUCGCCUCUUUAAAGUCGAAGCACAUCUCUGGAGGUCGCACCAACCCCGUUGUCUCCUCCAUUUAUAACCCUUCGGAGCAGCGUAUCCCUCAGCGCGUUCAGGCGUCGACCCACACGACGACAAUGGGCACAUCUGCCUACCCCAAGCUCGCCGUCGUAACGCGCGAUCCGCGUGACGAGGCAAGGCGCGUCUCUCAGUUCUCCAAUGUCUCCUCGAAUGCAUCCACUACUCGACAACUCAAGACCCAUAUCGGCCCGUGGCAAUUGGGGAAGACUCUUGGAAAAGGCUCUUCAGCACGUGUUCGCCUGGCUCGUCACCGAGUUACUCAGCAACUGGUCGCCAUCAAGAUCGUCGCCAAGAGUACAGCGGCCAUUACUCAAGCAGGCAGUUUGGCCAACUUGGAUCGCAUCGACUACCGCAAUCCCAAGACCCGUGAAGAUGGCGGCCUGCGUCGCAUGCCACUCGCCAUUGAGCGUGAAAUUGCCAUUCUGAAGUUGAUUCGGCACCCUAAUAUCAUCGAAUUGCUCGACAUUUGGGAGAACCGCUCCGAAAUCUAUCUUGUCACCGAAUAUGUUGAGAAAGGCGACUUGUUUGAGUUCAUCAACUGGACCGGCCCCUUGUGUGAAGAGGAGGCCAUUUUCUACUUCCGCCAGAUCAUGACUGCUCUCGACUACUGCCAUUCAUUCAAUAUCUGCCAUCGCGAUCUGAAGCCGGAGAACAUCCUCUUGAAAUCGAAUGGCCAAAUCAAGAUUGCCGACUUUGGCAUGGCUGCUCUGCAGCAGGGUCCCAACCACCAGCUUCGCACGGCCUGCGGAAGCCCUCAUUAUGCAGCUCCUGAGUUGCUUCGUCACCAGUACUACAAGGGUUCUGCUGUUGACAUUUGGAGCAUGGGCGUCAUUCUCUAUGCUAUGCUGGCUGGUCGCCUUCCAUUCGACGAAAACGACAUGGCAACCAUGCUCGCCAAAGCGAAGCGUGCCGAGUACAGGAUGCCUCCUCACCUGUCCGCCGAGGCAAAGGAUCUCAUCGGUAGGAUUCUUGUCAGCCAGCCCGCUCAUCGUAUCACCAUGAAGCAGAUGUGGCGGCACUCGCUGAUCAAAAAGUACGACUAUCUCGAAGAGUAUAUGAAGUGGGAUAAUCAGCCGCACUAUGGUAUCCGGAACAUGGCUGCCGCUCCGAUCCCUGAGGAGGUCGACAUCCAGAUCCUGCGCCAACUCCGCGCUCUGUGGCACAACUAUACUGAGGAAGAGCUUAUUGAGAAGCUUCGGCAAGAUAAGCCUAAUGACUACAAAAUGUUCUACUGGUUGCUUUACAAUCACCGUGAGGCUCAGUUGGAGAAUUACAACAACAAUGUGCCCAUCUCCAAGAGCGACUACCACCAUCUAAAGCCUCCGGGCUGGGUCAAGCGUGUUACUACUUGCCAGUUCACUGAGCCUGGUCGCAAGGGUUACCCCCGGACUGUUUCCAAGUUUACAGUCAUCUCCACCGUCCCUGAUGUCGAUGAGACUGGCACUGUUAAGAGUUACGACCCGUUCAAUGCUUCAAGAAUCAUCCACCCGGCACAGGCAAGUCAUGCGAAGAUCAUCAUCCACCGCAACAACCAAGAGUCCGGCUUCAACCCUUCUCCCACUGUUGUUUCGCACUCCUAUCGCUCUUACAAGUCCGUCAAUGGCUCCUUCAAACUGCACUCGACCGCGAGCUCUCGUCGGACGAGCUCUGCUGACCGUUUGCGUUCGCCUUACUCUACCAUGGCUUCUAUUCGCAGCCAGCAGAGCAGUGUCCGCGUCCGUGUCGCCAACCGUUCGAAGCGUGGUGUCGACUUUUCUAACAUCCGGAACAAAGGCCAGCGUCACCGUAAGAACCGUCAUAAUGCCCUUUCUGCUCCGGCUAGUAACAAAGAGAACCGGGAUACGACCGAGCGCAAGCCCGAUGUCACCUCGACUUCACAGAAGCAGGCGUCAAACCGUGUAAACAUUGCCAAUUCCAUGGUAGACGUGCCAGAAUCGGCCACAUCUGUCUUUGCCUGGACUGAGGAACUUGAAGAGCUUCAGCAGUGCCUUGUCAAGACGUGCGAUGAGGCCUUUGGCAAUUCUCUCCUCUCGGAAACGACCACCAUUGGAGUUGACACUCGCGAGACUAGCCCGUUCACCCUGUCCUUCGGUUUGCUGGAACCCACGGGAUGUGCCAAUUAUUUUACCCCACGCGCUCAGGACGCUCGCCCGCUCCCUCCUGUUCCGGCCAACAAGGCCUCUACCUACUCCGGCUAUAAUUCGAGAUUGCAGCAAUCCCCGGAGCGUCGUGUAGUCUCUGAGCCUGCAUACUGCGACUCCCACAACAACAACAACAACAGCAGCAGCAACGUCCGCAAUCUUUCAUGUGUUCACGAAGACCAGAAAGAUAAGAACGACUGGAUCAAGCAGCUUAAAGCCGGUCGAGAUCUGGUCCCGGAGCCUCUACGAACUCCUUCUUCACGUGUCAACAAGAGUUACGAUUUCCUCUCCAAGGCUGAGAACACCAUUCGCGUCGUGGACUCGCCCUCGGCUCGCGGCUUUGAUUUCACUGUUGAAGUUCCAAAGCCCCUCAAUAUUCGCAAAGUGUCGCCGGCUUCCACGGCCGCGAAGUCACCGAUCGCCCAGUCACAUGAAGGUGCUCAGCGGCGUGUGUCCUACAACGCUCAGGAUAAGCACCCUUCUGUGUCCAGCCAUCCGACUGAGAGUAAUGCCAAGAAGAGGGUUUCCUCCUGGUUCAAGCGUACUUCGAAGCAUGAAGAGUCCAACGAUUCCGGCUAUGGCGCAGCCACUGAGAGCAGCACUCGGUCUAAGGACGCUUUGGCCGACUUGGAUGCUCCUCGAUUCGACCGCCAAGGCUCUCACUCGUCCGAUUCUGGCUCAGACCUCCGUGCCCCGAAGAAGAAGUUCAACCUUGCCUUUUGGAAGUGGUCAAAGAACACUCAGGCCGCCCCGAGGAUGGCUAUCAUUGACGAUUAUGUUGACGACUCCGAGUGGGAAGAUGAAGAGGAGGUCGAGGAGCCCAAGUACAUCCCUCCUCUUCCCAGAGCCGCGACCACGAGGCCCGGAAAAGGCAAAGGCAAGAAGAAGCAGGACGACGAGCCCCAGUUUACCAGCCUGUGGUCCGACAGCGAGCUUGGUUAUCGCAAGAUCGAGGUCCAGCAGAACUGGCUCGCCCGCCUAUUCCGCGUCAAGCCUGCCAUGCGCUACAUGUGCUUCACGCUCUCCAAGCGUAGGGCUCGUCAGGAGCUGGUGCUGUUGCUGCGCGAGUGGCGCAAGUAUGGUAUGAAGAGCGUCGAUGUGGAUAAGGAACGGAACAUCAUUUGGGCUCAUGUGGGGCCGAGAAACUAUCUUAACAUCAAGGAGGUUACUUUCGCCAUCGAGAUCAUGACGGUGAUCGAGCAUGGCACACGUAGCUUCCUCAGCAUUGCUCGCAUCACGCAGGAAAAGGGCGCUGCUAGCAGCUUCUACAAGGUCGUUGAGGCCAUCUACGACUCUUUCAGCUCUCGUGGUCUUCUUGUUGUCGACAAGCGCAAGAUCAAUAUGAUGAUCAAGACGCUCAACUCGUGA